AUGGUGGAGCUGCAAAGGCAGCUCGAUGUGUCUUGCCAGCAGAAGGCGGCCAUGGAGAACCAGCUGGAGGUGGCCUGGGAGUUAGUGGCCGAGCUCCGGGGCCGUUUGGUGGAUACCCUCGAGCAGGGCAAGCAAUCUGCAGACUCGGAACCCGCCACCGUGGUCAGAGCUGGGAAGGAGGAGAACGGGACCCAGAUGCAGACAGCUCACGGGCAGCUGCAGCCAACCGAAAGCAACUCCCGUCUCCUGGCUCAGGCCGAUGCCCUUGCGGUGGCUUCCCGUGCCGCCAUGGAUGCAGCCAAGGCUGUCCAGCGCGCGAAGUACCAAAGCGGCAUCGCCGCGCUGCCCUGGAGCUCCUCGCGGCUGGCGGCGCGGAUGACGCACCGGCCAGGUGGUCCGGCUUCUGUUGGGGUCUCCGGUGUGGGCCUUGACACCCCAGGUAACGCAUGCACCUCAGCCAGUGCCGAUGUCUGCUAG